AUGGCUUCGGUCGCUGUUCCCCGGGCGGUGGAAGCCGAUGAACAGGGGCCUUCGUCUUUCACAGGAGGCGAGGACGGAGGAACUUCGGGACAUGGUGCGUCGGUUUGUGAGUUGGCGAGGUCGACAUUUCGUCUUGCGACUGGUCGUUGGAGUGGGCCCCUCUUCUCGAAGGAGGUGAUGGAGGAGCUGCGGGGGGAUUGGUUCAACAUGCUGACCGAUCCGAUACGCGCGCAUGAGCUUGUUCCGAAUCAGCCUUUCUUCCUGAGGGCUAUGUCACAGACGUUGCAGCUGCUGGAGGACCCGGACUUCGAGGUACUGGAGCAUGGGAAAUUCUGUUUUUGCAAUGGGGUUGAAGUGGGACAUACUCGACCUCUCGGUCCGCGCCCGCAAGUGUAUCGAAGGCGGGUGAAAGGUCAGAAGUAUGACGACUCUUUGUGGGAGCCGGAGAUGAAGAACUACAAGGACGGCCCUGAAGUAGCAAAGGCUUUGCAGCCCGCUUUUGAAAAGGAGGAGCUGGAGGGGCGUAUGUUUCCCCUGUCGGUGGCCGAAGCCCAGAGGCGCUAUCCUGGCGAGGCCCUCAGGAUUGCUGCGCAAGCUGUCAUUCCCAAACAAGACCAGGACUUUUGGGUCGUCCAUGACGGUACCCAUGGAGUCCGGGUGAAUAAUGAGAUCGUCGUGAGGGACAGAUUGGAAUCUCCUGGUUCGAGGGAGGUCGGCCUUGCAGAAGCUUGGGGUUGUCACGGAGGAGAAGGUUUACUUCGGCCUCGUGGGGGAUGUGUCCAAGGCGCACAGGAGGUACCUCCAUCAUUCUGA